AUGCAUUCAGCGGCAAGAUCAGAUCCUGCAGGAGGAGCGACAAAGUCAGAAGCAGUCGAGCUGCCGGAGCAGCUCACUGCACGCAUGCGAGCGAAUCUCGGAAAGGAGGGUUACAAAUUGGUAGGGACGCACUCUGCAGUCAAGCUUUGCCGCUGGACGCGUGCUGCGUUGAGGGGCAGGGGAGGCUGCUACAAGCACACAUUCUAUGGCAUCAUGUCUUACGGGUGUAUGGAAUUCACGUCCUCCGUCGCAUGCGCGAACCGCUGCCUUUUCUGCUGGAGGCAUCAUACCAACUUGGCAGCGGCAGAUUGGCGCUGGAAGCAGGACGACCCCAAGGAAGUGCUGCGCGAGGCCAUGCAAAAUCACCUGCAAACUAUUAAAGAGCUCAAGGGGCUUCCUGGCUUGCGCAGCGACUUCUUCUCUCAAGUCCAGGGGAGAGUUCUGCAUUGUGCUCUCUCCCUCGUCGGCGAACCCAUUAUGUACCCCAGACUGAACGAGCUCGUCCAUCUUAUGCACCAGCAAGGCAUCUCGACUUUUCUGGUAACAAAUGCGCAGCACCCCGACGCUCUGAGAGCACUGGAUCCCGUGACACAGUUGUACCUCUCUAUCGACGCUGCAACAGAACAAGACCUUAAAAGGCUGGACCGACCCAUACAUCGGGAUUACUGGGCACGCUUCUUGCAGUGUGUUGACAUCCUACGGAGCAAAAAGCAGAGGACAGUUUUCAGGCUGACGCUCGUGCACGGCUACAACUGCGUGUUGGGUCCCCUAGAGGAAGAGGGAGCAGCGGAGCCGGCUCCACCAGCGAAUGACUUAUUGAAUACUUGCAACCGGAAAAGGGGGGGGAAGAGGCACAAGAACGUCACGAGCACAUUCGAAGGGUAUGCCGCCCUCGUAAGGAGAGGCGAGCCCGACCUGAUAGAGAUCAAGGGCAUGACCUUCUGCGGGGGGCUUGACAAAGAAUCUCUAUCCAUGAAGAAUGUUCCUAGGCACCAGCAGGGGCUUUGCAAGGCCUUACCAGAGGGAGUGUAUGCCCUUGCCUCUGAGCACGAGCACUCGUGUUGCGUGCUGCUCGCCCUCAACGGAAGCCGAGACUUUACAGGACUGGACUACUGUACUGUUUCCCCUUCUUGGGCUGUGUUUGGGGCGGAGGGCCGUGGGUUUGACCCCUAUCAGAAAAGGGUGUUCGGCAAGGGCCGAAGAAGGAAGCUGGCGCAAGCCGAGCAGGCGCAGUAG